CUCCAAUCCAACCUCAUUCCUGGCUUGAAUCUGAACGCUUUGGGUUUGUUCCCCAGUGGAGCACCAGGCAUGGGUCCCUCCAUGGCCAACGUCUCGCCUCCUGGAGCUCACGGUGGAUGCUCGUAUGGCUGCAGUCCUUAUGGGGCUGAGGGGCCAUUUUGGGCUUCUAUGCUGUCGGCAAGCAGCCAGCCACUUGCUGGCCAGCCGGAGUCUGAGACAGUUCACCUGUUCAUUCCUGCGCUUGCAGUGGGAGCCAUCAUUGGGAAACAGGGCCAACACAUCAAACAGCUGUCACACUUUGCAGGAGCCUCAAUCAAGAUCGCUCCAGCAGAAGGAAUGGAUGCCAAGCAGAGGAUGGUCAUCAUCGUCGGGCCACCAGAAGCUCAGUUUAAGGCUCAGUGUCGCAUCUUUGGCAAGCUUAAAGAGGAGAACUUUUUUGGGCCGAAAGAAGAGGUGAAGCUGGAAGCGCACAUCAAGGUUCCCUCUUUUGCUGCUGGACGCGUCAUUGGGAAAGGUGGAAAAACGGUGAAUGAGCUGCAGAACUUGACCUGUGCAGAAGUGGUGGUUCCCAGGGACCAGACCCCUGACGAGAACGACCAGGUCAUAGUGAAGAUCAGUGGACACUUCUUUGCAUGCCAGUUGGCCCAGAGGAAGAUUCAGGAGAUCCUGACUCAGGUGAGGAGGCAGCAGCAUCAACAGCAGCAGCAGCCCAAGUCUCCAUCGGGCGGCCAGCCUCCGACGCCACGCAGGAAGUGAAGCUCCAGCAAGCUCUAGAAGAACGGCGACUGGAUCCGUCGUGAAACUCGAAAGAUGAACAGAUGUAGAAAAGCUCAUAGGGGGAAAAGAAAAAUGACAGUGGAUCCUAAUGCACAUCUCAGGGGUCAAGGUCAUCGGAACCAAACAUCCACCCCUCCCUGAACAACUUGAUGACUUUAAAGUGAGGGUGACGACACCGUACACCUCUUAAGCUCCACCCACUUCACGUCUCUGCGUCUGCUGUGAGAAUGUACUUUAGAGGGCUUUCGCCAACAUCACCUGCCCUCCGUUCAACCCCUUCCUUUACCCCCUCCUUGGGUGUAGUUUGUUUUUUAUUUGGUUCUUUUUACACUAAAACUAUGAGGAAGAAAUACAGACCCCCCCCCUUCCCUACACCCCUUUUUUUAUCACCCCCUAUGGUGUGGUACCUUAAAGAUGUUUAGGUUGUUUAGUUUUUCUUAAUUGGUUAAAGCUUUCUCACGAGUUUUUCCGUGGAAAGAGAAAAGGCAUUGCUUGGUCCUGGUCGGACCAACAGAGGUUUAGUUGGGGGGAGGGUUGGCUCUGGCCAGGUGGGCCACAUUUAGGGGAAAAAAUUCUUGUUUUAGGACAGGACCCCUGUGAGGGUCGGUUAUAUAUCAGGCGUCCUGCCCUCGGAAUGAAAGUGGCAUUUUUUUAAAGAAAAAUUCGGAUGCAUUUUAUAGAUAGACCUAUAUAAAUAGAUCGAUAUAUAAAUAUAAAUACAUAUAUAUAUAUAUAUUUAGUAGAGCGGGCAUCGCUGCGACUGACACCUUUGGAGAAAAGGGUGCCGAGCUGCUGCCCUGAAAAACCAAUUUAUGCAUUUUGUUUAACUACCUCAGGAUCUAGUACCUCAGAAGAGAAAAAAAAUGAUUAUAUGGAGAAAAAAAAAGUUCCUUUCUUUUUAUUUUGCUUUUGUGGUAUUUUGUAUACUUUAUAAAGCUGAUAGUCUUUGAACAUUUUUAUUUUUUUAAGAAAAUUUAAAAUUUCCGGGUCAGCUGCCAACUGACCUUGCCUUCAACUCUGGUGCUUUAGGCGGCAUUGUACAUGUGGAUGUGUGAACAAAGAUGACUCUGUACAUAAAAUUUAUUUGUACAUAGCAGCCUUGCAGCAAGAGUUGGCGCCCCCUCACCCCCUCAGCUGGCGGCUGACGGAGAAGUAUAUAGAGAAAAAAAUUGCCUCAGUUUUUUUCCCCAUUGACGGUCCACCAUCUUCUUGAAGACAAAAGCAAGUACAGAACAACUAAACGCAUGCAAAAAAAAAAAAAAAAAAGCCAACCAUACAUAUUUGCAGCAAUGCCAUUUAUUUUGGGGUUUCGCUGGUAGUUUUAAUGUCAAAUUCUUUUUGCCUUCUUAUUGAGGGCUGCGGUCAGGAUGCUGCAGCUCAAACUGUGAUGGGUCCUCCCUGUAGCUGUUGUCGGAGCAUCUGUAUUUUUUAUUUUUUACUUCCCUCUCUUGGUCUGUUUCAUUUCUGGGUCAUCCGGCGCCGUAUUGCUAACGCUAUCCUGGUAAGGUUCAAACUCUGCCAUAGUGACGUGGCCAUCAAGUCAUUCAUUUUCUUUUCAUGGUGAGUCGGGGGAGUGGCACAGAUGGAUGCAUUUUUACGUUUUGGGCUUGGAGAAAGUGAGCUGUCCUUUUUUGCAACUUGAUUAGAUAAAUUUUUUAUUUUUUUUGGUUGCUCAUCCAGGGGAAAACAAGUUAAAUGACGCAUAAUUGUGAAUGAGCCCCCCCCCGCCCCCCACCCCACUCGGACAGGAAGCAAAAAUCCUAAACAGUAAUUUUAUUUCCUUUUUGUUUCCGUGCCGAAUGUAAAUAUAUAUUGAUUGUGGUAAAGUGCUAGAGUGUAUCCAUGCUUCCACAGUAGAACGCAGUCUACCUCAGCUGAGGGGGGAGAGGGGUAGGGGAGGGAGUUGCUGUGGCACUGGACGCCUCACCCCGCCCCCACUGAGCGCCAGCGCGCACCAAUACCUCAGUACCCCGAACACUUGUUUCUACCUGGGUGCGCCCUUCUGACGUCACGCUUAACCGAGGGGCACAAGUGAUGCUUAAAAUGAUCCUCCUGAUACCCACCCUCCCCUCAUCCAGUUUGUUUUUGAUCUACCUCUUUAGACACAUAUUUGAAUUGGAGGCAUUCUACCAUUUGUUAGGCCCCGCCCCCAUCACCCAUCCCUUCCCACACACCCACACACAAACUUUUGUGCACCUCCCCAGAAAAGAAACGAAAAUUUAAACUAAUGAACUCUGUAGAAUUGAGAAUAAUGGAAAGUGAUAGAAAUGUUUUCUUUUGAUCAGUGUUUAUAUAUACUCCUUUUUGGCUUUGAGAUCCUCAAUGAUUAUUCCUUACUGCUUUCUGUUUUUGGUGGUGUGGCUUACAUGUAUUCAAACUUUUUUUCUUUCUUUCUGGAAAAUAAAUCAAAUCUUUUGAUUUUUGCUUUCAGUCUAAUGCAAAAUAGGACCUGUUUUUGUUUUAUUUCCUCUUUCAGAUUUAUAAGACUUAAAGACAAGAAAAUGCAAGUCUGUUUUGUCUUUCACAAGAUGCUACACUCGCUGAUUUGAUGGCAUUUUUCGGUUAGCGUUUCUUGGUUGUGUAAUGUGGAACAUUUUUUUUUUGGUAUGGGACAAAUUAGAGGGACUGAAUCUGUUUAUGGAAAAGUGAUCGAUCUUCAGCAUGAUGUUCUCUCCUCCCCCUCUCUGCAACCAUACUUGUGCCCCGUCACCUCCCCACAACCACACAGCUCCACUUGUCAAAUGCCUCUAAAUAAAAAAAAAUAAUAAAAAAAAAAUAAAGUUCUUUUUUUUUUUGUUUUAA